AUGACUUCACCCUACCCGUACGAUCCGGACCCGCAGGCUGUGGUCGUUGCUCCUUGGAGCGUCGCGUUUCGAGCUCAGCGAGACGUCGGCUUGAAAAUCCCUAUCAAUUAUGUCACCGUACCUGCAGUUUCUCUCAAGGCUGCCUGCUUCGCUCACAAUCAAUACGAGGACUCAGCAGCUCAAAAAUGCUUUUCAAACCUACUAGCUUCAGGAUUCAAACGAUUCAUAAUAGACGUGUACUGGGAUACCGGCCGUUCCCAAUGGAGCCUUUGUCCAGCUGAGAUACCCGAAUCUGCCUCUCCGGCCGAUGAUACGACUAGUAUCAGUAUCACCCAGUCAACCUCAGUUAAGUCUCUCAUGACUGCUCCGAUCAGCCUCCCGAUAUUUGAGAGGCAGGCUUCCUCUAUUUCUUCCCGCAGCUCUACUCCGGCGGCUAGGACCGACUCAGCAACCUCAUCAACUCCUACUUUGAGCUUUACCGGCUCAAGUAGUACAUCCAUGGCAUACAGUGCGGCAGCUACACCUACUGAAUUUCCCACUGCUGGUGAGCCACUUGUGCAGAUUGGGCAGUACAACUGUACUUCAAAUCUGGGCCUCCAAUUCCUAAGCAGUAUCUUGUCCGGUUAUCUAAAAGAUACCUCAACUACCAUUGGUGCGAGUCUGAUCUAUCUUGUCCUCAAUGUACAUGUAGCCGCUCCGUAUUCCUCUCCCAAUUCGCCAGCCAUGCAACCCGACCCCUCAGCUCUACCGAAAGAUGAGAACUUCCUCGGUCAUCUACUCAGCUCCAACCUGUCUUCAUACUUGUACACACCUUCCAUGCUUCAAUCGCAGCGAGGAAACCUCAACGAGAGCUGGCGCCUUGAACAAUCUAAUUUGCCAGUUGCUGGGUAUUACAAGACGAACGUCAGCGGCAACGGCAUUCCCUCGACACAAGAUGGUUGGCCUACUGAAACCUUCAUGGAAUUUAAAAACUUCUUGCGCCUGGUCACUAGCUUUGGCGCUGUCGACCCUCAAAUGGCGUCUUACGAUUUCACGAACGACGCGGACACAAUAUUUCCUCUCAAUGAGAUAAUUUCGUUGAAAGAUGUGUCGAUUAGCACUUCUGGCUCUGUGACUACCGGUUGCCUCUUCAAUCCUAACAUUACCACUAUAACCUCUGAGACCAAUUCCUCGUGGGCGAUGUUCCCAGCGUCGAGUCUGCCAAACCUAGCGUCAAAUCCCAACGCUACGAUACCAAUUCCUGCAAUCAUGAACCUUACAUCAUGUGGCAUAUCUCCGUUGCUAAAUGCUAGCCUCUCAAAUACGACCGCGGACAUAAACCCCCUGGCUUACCUCUCAUUUUCCUACUCUACUUUAUGGAGUUGGGCUCCCGGUUCACCAAAUAACAGUACCCUUAUUGAUGACAACCCCAAUAACGAUCUCCGCUGUGCUGCUCUUUACGGCGAUGCUAACGGCCGAUGGCGCGCAGUAGAUUGCAAAUCUAGCCACCGAGUUGCCUGUCGCGGGUCUACACCCUAUACCUGGAGCAUCACCCCCGACCUCUUCGCCUACUCCGACGCCGACCAAGCCUGCCCUGAUGAUACCAAGUUUUCAACACCCCGCACUGCUCUCGAAAACGCCUACCUUUACACUGCCGCCCUCGCAUCCGCAAACACGGGCUCCUCUGACCCCGGCGAUCUUCCAAUCAUAUAUCUCGACCUCAACAGCCUUGAUUAUGCCGAUUGCUGGGUCACGGGCGCUAAUAGUACAUGUCCGUACAAAAACUCGGAUAACGUAAACCACACAAAGAUUGUGGUCGUUCCCACGGUGGCGACCGUCAUCGUAUUUGUACUAGCUGUGGCGACGUUCUUCGUCAAGUGCGCUGCGAACCGAAGGGAUUUGCGGAGAGGAAAGAGGAGGAGAAAUAUGGGUGGGUGGGAUUAUGAAGGCGUGCCGAGCUAG